UUGGGUCAUGGGUUUGGCAAACAUACCUCCACCGUCUCGGUGAAGGACCUGGAAAUCUUCUUAAAGGGAGAGUAUGUUGCCAGUCACCUCUACAACGUAGGUCUCGCUUCGACCAAGCUCGGAAUUCUCGCCCUAUACUGCCGCAUUUUUCCUGUGCGAUGGUUAUCGAGAACAGUGAUAGGAUGCGCGAUAUUCAUUUGCCUUUGGAUCACAACUAUUGAAAUCUUUAUGGGAGUGCUCUGUCGUCCGCUAGCUGCAUUCUGGAACCCGUCUGUCAAGGGUCACUGCUUCAAUUCUUCGGCCCUGUCAUACUACAUUAACUGCUCCAAUAUGGUUACGGACAUAGUCAUCUUCGCCUUACCAAUACCCGUCAUUCUCCAGCUCCGCACGACCCCCACCAAAAGGAUUGCACUGUGCGUUAUAUUCUCUAUUGGAUUCAUCACAUGCGCCAUCAGUGCUGCCAGACUAGCUUAUGUCUUUGCACAGAACUCUAGUGACAUCACCUGGGAGGGUGUCCCCUUGGCUGUUCUAUCCGCUUUCGAAUCCUUUGGAGGCAUCCUCUGCGCCAACCUCCCGAUCAUUUACCGGCUCUUCCGCUCAGCCGCUCAGAAGAUGACCAGCCGUACUGGAAAUAGCUCGUCCGCCCCCAAGACACCUCGCCGACAGUACGGAUACGGAUCGAACAUGUACGGCUCGAAAAGUGUUGGCCGAAGACCCCGCGGCGUCAGUGCAGUUAAUGAUGAACAAUGGAUUCGAUUACCGAAUGGCAACCUGUCCCACGGAACAACCCAUGAGACUGGAAUUACAAUUGUGACCCAAGUACAUGAAGGCUCCCACACGGAGGAGAGUGAAGAGGAUACAAUAGAGCUGGUAGUGAUGCCGAAAAAUGCGAUCACGGUUCAGAGAGAGGUCCACCAGAGCGUGGAAGAUAGCAAUUCGUCAUAGGAAAAGACAGGGCAACCCACCCCUCACUCGCACCAAUACCACAAUUUGAUAUGUUCAACCAGCAUCCAAAUGGCUUGAUUAUACCCCCUUAUUAGAAUCUUGUGCGAGCUCGGCCUUAGACCUCUGGCGAGGCUUUGACCCGCAACUUUC